AUGACAUCCAUUCGAAGGCACACCACACCACAGCACACAUCAGCUAACCACAACACACCACACCACAGCACGCUACCAAACCACAUCACACCGCACCACAACACACCACGCCACACCACAUCACACCACGCCACACCACAUCACACCACUGCACACCACACCACACCACUCCUCAGCACACCACACCACAUCACACCACACCACACAACAUCACACCACAACACAUCACAGCACACUACAUCACACCACUGCACACCACAUCGCAUCAUAUCACAUCACAUCACAUCACAUCACACCACACCACACUACACCACACCACACCACAUCACACCACACCACACCACACCACACCACACCACAUCAUAUCACACCACAUCACAUCACACCAUACCACAUCACACCACAUCACACCACAUCACACCACACCACAUCACAUCACACCACAUCACACCAUACCACAUCACACCACACCACAUCACACCACACCACACCACAUCACAUCACACCAUACCACAUUACACCACACCACAUCACACCACAUCACAUCACAUCACAUCACAUCACACCACAUCACAUCACACCACACCACACCACACCGCAUCAUAUCACAUCACAUCACAUCACAUCACACACCAUCACACCACACCACACCAUACCACACCACACCACACCACACCACACCACAUCACAUCACACCACACCACACCACAUCACAUCACAUCAAAUCACACCACACCGCACCGCAUCGCAUCGCACCGCACCGCACCGCACCACACCGCGCCGCACCGCACCACACCACACAACACAACACAACACAACACCAAACCACACCACAUCACACCACACCACACCAUCUUCGCGCGUCUUUGA